GGGGCGGUGCCCGGCGGCGGUGGCGGCGCGUUGCGCGCGGACCGGUUGGAGGCGGCGGCGGUGGUGGUAACCAAGGCGACACGGCAGCGCCGGGCCCAGCAGAGGCGGCGUUCCUCCGCAUUAUUGGCUCAGUUUAUGCGAGCACCAUGACUUCUCCGAUGGAGGAUCCAACAUUAGAACAGCAUUUUAAAGGCCAUCGUGACACCAUCACAAGUAUCGACUUUAACUCUAACAUGAAGCAGCUAGCAACUGGAUCCAUGGAUUCAUGUGUCAUGGUCUGGAAUUUGAAACCACAGAUGAGAGCGUAUCGAUUUGUUGGUCACAAAGAUGCAGUCCUCUCAAUCCAGUUCUCACCCUCCGGUCAUCUAUUGGCUUCUGCUUCACGAGAUAAAACAGUGCGCCUCUGGGUUCCCAGUGUGAAGGGUGAGUCAACAGUAUUGAAAGCUCAUACAGGCACCAUACGAAGCGUUCAGUUCUCCAGAGAUGGACAAUCAUUGGUUACUGCUUCUGAUGACAAAACAAUUAAAGUUUGGACAGUUCAUCGGCAGAAGUUUCUUUUUUCUCUGAGCCAGCACAUAAAUUGGGUUCGUUGUGCCAAGUUUUCUCCAGAUGGGCGACUCAUUGUUUCUGCCAGUGAUGAUAAAACUAUUAAAAUUUGGGACAAAACUACUAGGGAAUGUAUACAUUCAUUUUAUGAACAUGGAGGAUUUGUUAACUAUGUAGAUUUUCAUCCCAAUGGAACCUGUAUUGCAGCAGCAGGAACAGACAAUACCGUUAAACUUUGGGAUAUUCGUAUGAAUAAGCUUCUUCAACAUUAUCGAGUGCAUAGUGCUGUGGUAAACUGCCUCUCAUUUCAUCCGACUGGAAAUUAUCUCAUCACUGCAUCUAAUGAUUCAACACUGAAGAUACUUGAUUUGUUGGAGGGAAAGUUAUUGUACACUCUCCAUGGUCAUCAGGGUCCAGCUACUUGUGUAGUUUUUUCCACUGCUGGGGACUUCUUUGCUUCGGGUGGUUCAGAUGAACAGGUUAUGGUGUGGAAGACUAAUUUCGAUGUUGCAGAUUAUGAGGAAAAAUUGAAAAAUCAAACUCAACCUGUUAAUUGUUUGGUGAAGGACUCGGACUUUUCUUCUCGGUCACCGGAACAUGCUUCAACAUCACGUGCUACAGAGCUUUUGAAGACUGACUUUUCAGGUGCUGAGUCAAACAACCCAAGUCAACCAAAGAAGUAUUCAAGCAAUAUUUUGGCAUCAGAGUCAAUUCCAGCUCUUCCCUUAAACCAGCCUCAUCCUCAAGAAGCGACUGGCAUCCCAUCAACCCUUGCAAGUACUCUGGAGCACAUAGUAGGCCAGCUGGAUGUUCUUACUCAGACAGUGACGAUCCUUGAACAGCGACUUACAUUGACAGAAGACAAACUACGUGAAUGUCUUGACAAUCAGCAAAAGCCAUGAUUAAAGUCAGGUGAUUGAAAACAGAUGAAAAUGGAAUUGACAGACUUAAGCCCCUGUGUAUAAUAUGUAUAAAUCCAGCAAUCACCAAUCCAAGUUUUGUAAAAUAGUUAAUCCUUUUCUAAUAUUGCUCAUUGACAAAUACAAUGAAAUUUUAAGUUGUGAUCUAUACAUAUAUAGCUUUUGUACUUUUGUUAUUAUGCCCUCUCCAUGAUGCAAUAUUUCUUAUAAAACAGUAAAUAGUUUUGUUUCACUUCAAAAUGGUCCCAUAUAUAUUCAAAUACCAUACAUUCAAAUAAAAUUAUUUGAGGAAGUUAAUGGUUUAAAUGUGUUCUUUCCCUCGAACACAACUUAAUUGAGUUGUUUCAUUUGGAUAUAAAAUGUACAGGUGCUUCACAGGCAAGCUUUAUUUUGAAGAGCAACUUUAUACCAAGUUGGGAAUUUUGCUAGACUAUUUUGGUUUUUGCAAUUGUACCACAGCAUCAGUUGGAAACAAAAAAUGUUUCUUGGUGAAUUGAAGCAUAAUAUAAUUUUAAAAAAACAAGAGUUUCAGUAUACUAAAUAAAUUAAAUCUGGAACAAAAGUCUUGGAGUAAAAAUUGCAAUUCUCAGUUGCAGUUAUGCAUUUCUUUGUAUACAUAUCUUAACAUAUGACAAAUAUACGACAACUUUAUUUUUCACAUGAAGUCAGCAGUAAUUUAUAAUUGCAAUAUAGUUAACAUAUAAAUGUAGUUUCUGAGCUGUGUUCUAUUUAAAUGAUGAGAAGAGUGAGAUUUAUAUUACUUUAUUUAAAAUAUUACCUUUGUUUGCACUGCCUGUUCUUGCACCUGACUUCAUAUUAUAAUGUUUUGUCAUAGAUUUUGUGUUGAUUUUUCUAUCAUUAGAAGUCCUUAUAGCCACAUUGAAAAACGUGGUUGUGCAAAAUGAUAAUUGGUUGUGAAAUUGCUUUUUCAAUUAUUUUUUCAUUUUUUCUCUUCAAUGAUUGAAGCUUCAAAUAUCCUAAAUAAAGGGUACAUUU